AUGUCCCCUCAUAAACACCCCCUUCAUGUACAGCACAAGAAGCAUGGCGACCAUGACCACAUCAUGAAACGCAUGGAUGCAUACAUCAAGGCAUACAAGAAAGGCGACACGGAAGCCAUCAUGAAAUACUAUCAUCCAACCAACUUUGUCUACAUAGAUUUUAGCACACCCAACAAUAAAUCUGUAGGUCUCGCGGAAAUCGCCUCGCAUUAUACUCACACCUUUUCCGAUUUCUACGAUCUCACAAUAACCACUGCCUCCGUACAUGGACACAAAGAUUUCACAGCCUGGGAGUGGGAAAUUACAUGCAGGCCAGCGAUAUCUCCAGAGACGGGCGAGCGACUGCCGAAAGAAAAAACAGAAUUGAAAAAAUUGGUAGGUUGUACAUUGAUGUGGUGGGAAGAUGAUUUGAUUAUUAGAAAUCAUGACUAUGUGCAGUUGAAGGAUAUCUAG